GACAUUUUCACACAUACGGCCUAAAAAAAAGAAAAAAGAUUUCCUUAUAGUUGAAAAAGCUGUCUUGCAAUUAUUAUUUUUCCUUGCUUUCCCAAGACUUUCCUGGGCGCGAGUGAGUGGAUCUGUCCGGAGAAAUUCCCUGUUAUUAAAAAAAUACACCCGAGUGAGCGAAACAAAAUAGUAAAUGACGGAAGGUGACUUGGAAACAAAUAUACGCGAGGAAUGACACACGCAGCGCUGUAAUCCUUCUAGCUGCGAGCGUGCUGUGAAGUGCUGCCGUCUUCCCAACCUUGAAAAUUAAAGAAACGCGGCUCAUUCACACAGUAGCGAACAGUAACAACAAAAUAAGCGAUUGCCGUCUUGCGAAACUUGAAAAUUAAAGAAAAGCGGUUGAUUCACGAGCGAGCAAGUGUAAAAUAAGUGAUUCCCGUCUUCCAAACUUUGAAAAUAAAAGAAACGUGGCUGAUUCACACAUUAGCGAACAGUAAUAGCAUAGAAUAAGUGACAUCCGUUGUGCGAAACUUGAAAAUUAAAGAAACGCCGCUCAUUCACGAACUGACGGACAGAAAUGUAGACAAGUGAUCACCGCCUUGCUAGACCGAGAAAAAAAAAAAAGUAAGAAACGCGGUGCAUAAAAACGACCAAUAGCAACAAACAGUGCUAGCGUUUUGUCCCACUGAAAAAGAAGGAAAAGGAUAACGUGUGUAAUUUAUCAGGAAACACAGUAACACCAACAAAAAAAAGUUUAACGUCUUACCCAACAGAAAAAAGAAAAAAAAAAGAAAGACUGGUUGUUCAUAAAGACACGGAACACUAAAAGGAACCAGUGAACGCGAACACAAACUACUUCCAUAUAUCAACACGAACUCAGAGACAAUAAGUGUGAGACGAAAUACGAAGUGAUCACAAUGUCUACCUCUACUACCAUCACCGCCGCCAAUGGAUUUCUCCCUCCCUCUCCUCACCGCUCCACCACCACCACCACCACCACCGCCGCCGCCACCACCACCACCACCUCCUCCUCCCUUUCUGAUAAGCGCUCCGACUCUCCUUUAGACAGAAAGGUGGAAGGAGAGGAGGAGGAGGAGGAGGAUGGAGAAGAGAUUACGACUGGUGAAAGUCAAGACUCACUUCCCUUCCCCGUCACACACACGCCAGAGCAGCGUCCCCACAGCACGCCACAGCCACCCUCCGCUGUGUGGGCCGCGCGGGGGACGCCAGGAGACUUCAACACAGCAGACACGAGGCUCCUGGGUCCUGCUGUGCCUCCCUGCUCGUGUGGCACAGACAGGGAGCAGCGGGAAUUCACGAAGCCAUCACCGGAAUCAGAUAACAGUGAAGAGGACGAUGAUAGCACGUGGUUAGCAGACGAGGAGACGCCGCUCAUAAUGCUGAAGGAAGGAGGCAGUAAAUAUAAGAGGAGAAGGAGGAGAAAGAGGAGUGAAGAAGUAAUUAGCGAGGGUACCAAGAGACGACCAUGUGGAACACCUUUAUGCGCUGCUGUGAUUCUCUCCCUCCUCUCCACAGCAUCAGCCAGCAUCAGCAAUGACAUCCACAGAGGCGCGAAGGACGAGCCUCGGUUCGGGGAGUCCAUUCAGAACGUGACGGUGGCAGCGGGUCGCGAGGCAAGACUGUCCUGCAUAGUGGAUAACCUCGGCACCUACAGAGUUGGAUGGCUCAAGGUGGACUCCCAGACUAUACUGACGCUGCAAAACCGAGUCGUGACCCACAAUGCUCGCGUCACGCUCACCCACGACCAGCACCGCACCUGGAACCUGCACAUCAGGCAGGUGAAAGAAUCAGACAGCGGGUGCUACAUGUGCCAGAUCAACACCCCGAUCAUGCAGAACCAAGUGGGCUGCAUCAAGGUGCAUGUGCCCCCGGAUAUUAUCAACGAGCAGACAUCUUCAGAUACCACCGUGAAUGAAGGGGAGAGUGUAACCCUGCGCUGCGUGGCUGAGGGCUUACCACGACCUGAGAUUAAGUGGAAGAGAGAGGAUGGCCGUCGUAUUACUUUAAGAUCACCCCCCAGAGACGUGUCCAAAGAAGUGGAGUCAGUACCUGGCAACAAUCUCACCCUGGAGAGCGUGUCGAGGAAGCAGAUGGGCGCCUACCUGUGUAUCGCCAGUAACAAAGUGCCGCCCUCUAUCAGCAAACGCAUCAUCGUCAACGUUAACUUCUCGCCCGUAGUGAAAGCGGACAACCAGCUGAUCGGCUCGCCCAUCGGGAAGAACGUAGAGAUUGAAUGCCACGUUGAAGCUUACCCGCGAGCCGUCAACUACUGGGAGAGAGACAACGGGGAGAUGCUCUUGGACGGGAGGAAGUACAAGCUACAAGAGACAGUGGACAUGUACCGCGUUACCAUGAAGCUGGUGAUACAGGACUUUACAAAACAAGACACGGGUCAGUACAAGUGCAUCUCCAACAACUCACUCGGCAAGGCGGAGACCAGCAUCCGUCUGUACGAGAUCGAGGUGCCCACGCCAAGAUCCACCACGGAGAACCAGCACCACCCUUACUCCACAACGCCACACAGCAAGUCCGUGAAUCUUAUACGGACGGACCACGACUACCGGAAGAACACGGACGUGAUAGGAGGCGUGGGGGGAGGGAUACCUGAAGGAGGAGGCACUGGGAUCGGAAGAGGAGGAGAUUUCAGCAACUACGGAGUGGGACUGGAUUACAAGACUAGGGAGGAUGGACGCAACAGACAGCGAUCAGACAGACUGGAAUACGACAAGAAAGGAGGCGUGGAUGGGUUCUUCCCUCCCCCUGAAGGUGGCAAUGGGCACGGCAGCAGCGCCCCCUCCACCCAUCCCCCGCCCAAGUGUCGAGGGUUAGGGUGGAGCUUCAUAGGAUUGGUCAGUGUGGCUCGCUGGUUGUUAGUGAAUCCCUUUUAGCCUGGUAUGUAAUCCUGGUAUCAACUUGUACUCGCAUUAACUCGGUACACUUGUUUAUCUGGUACUGGUGUAAGUGGUGUUAGAGUGUACAGUUACUCCAUUUGUAGCAUGUACACCUGGUCUUUAAUCGCUGUACCUGGGCUGACACAUCUGGACACGCUUGGUAAUUGCGGUACCUGGUAAAAACACACCUAACUGAACACAACCGAACUCAGUUACCUGCUUAAGAGAACACACCGAUGUACACGUGACUUUUAACAAUGGGGCAUAAACGUGAUGGACAAUUAAGCCGCAGAAAUUGACCUAUUAGUAUUUUUUUUUAGGUUAGGUACGGUUAGGUUUAUUUAAGUUGUCUGCCCGAGAGAACACAGCUGACUAAACAACACGUGACUUUUAAGCGUGGCAUAGAAGCGUGGUCAUUAUAAUAAUUAUGGCGCAAAAAUGGACAGUAAUAGUAUCUGUAAAGUUAAGUUAGGUUAGGUUUUGUUAGGUUAGGUUAUCUGGCGAAGAAAACACACCUGAAUAAGCAGGACCUAUGGGUAUAUAGCUUUCAUCUGCGAAAUAACAGUGUGGUCAAUGAUAAUGGCGCAAAUCUAGUGGAUAGAUUGGUGGGAAGGUUAGCUUAGGUUAGGUUAGGUUAGGUUAGGUUAGGAUAACUCGACACCUGACAAAGCAACUGUAGUAUAUUACAGUCAAUAAAAGUAACGCAAACCUGUUGGAUAAAAUUAAUAGGUAGCGGAGGAUGCUGUCAAUAUUAAUGGCGCAGAUCUGAUGGGUAGGAAAGUUGUGGUCAGUAAUAAUGACUGAAAUCUACUGGACAGAAGCUGUGGUCGAUAAUAAUGGCAUAAGUAUGGUGGGUAGGAUGUUAUGGUAAAAAAAUUAUGACUCAAAUUUGAUGGAUACAAGAGGUUGUGGUCAAUAAUAAUGGUGGAAAUCUGCUGGUAAGAUGUUAUAGUAAAAAAUAAUGGCUCAAAUUUAGAUGAUAAAAUUCAUGGGUAGCGAAAGUAAAGGUCAAUAAUAAUGAGGCAAAAUUUGAACCUAACGAACCUAGAGAAGUUUGAGGACAAUAAUAAUGGCACAAAUCUGUAGGGUGGACCUGUUGGGUGACGGAGAUUAAGAUGAAUAACAGUGAGGGAAACCUUCUGGGCACAAUAAUGAUGACAGAAAUUUGGUGGGUAGCGAAGGUUGAGGUCAAUAAUAAUGGCACAAAUCUGUAGGGUGGACCUGUUGGGUGGCGGAGGUAAACAAACAGCUUCACAAAUUGGUGCCCAAGGCCAACACAGGAGCUCUCGUGAAGCUGGUAUAUGUGAUGACUGACCGGGGCACUUGACUGGCUAAUUGCUGCACCUUUUCCAACGAAUUCCCCCGCUGGUUAAUUGUCGCCAAUGGACGCUAUGCUACCUGUGCCUCGCUUAAUUGGUAUACAACAACGGCCGGGGUCACUCCUCUACUACAUGGCUCCUCCCAGGUAAACCAGCACACGCACGCACGCACGCACGCACGCACGCGGACACACACACACACACACACACACACACACACACACACACACACACACACACACACACACACACACACACACACACACACACACACUAGAAUUACAUACUCUAAUGCAUUCACUAACACAUGACGCCUUCCAAGUAAGGUUGUACACAAACACACACACACACACACACACACACACACACACACACACACACACACACACACACACACACACACACACACACACACACACACACACACACACACCCCUGUUCAUCAGUAACACCUACACAACCUCAGGUAAAUACGCACCUUCACCUUGAGUUAAUAAGUACACUUGAUCAAUACCUAAAUUUACUUCACACACACACACACACACACACACACACACACACACACACACACACACACACACACACACACACACACACACACACACACACACACACACACACACACACACACACACACACACAUGCACGCACGCACACACAAUAUUGCUGGGAGUGAGACGAAGGGGGAGGAGGGAGAGGAGGGUAGGGGGAGGGGAGAGACUCACAACCUAAUUAAUAAACAAGAGAGAGGGUCAUCCAGGCGCCGUUAGGAGGGAGC